GCGCUGCAGACAUCAUUAUUAGGACGGGAGACGCUUCCCACCGUCAGCGUCGGAGCAGAGCCUGGGAGCCCUGGCAACAACGAGAGACACAAACUCAGCAGCCAGUUACACCCUACAGGAAUGGUGAGAGCACCUGCAGACAGACACACGUGGAUAGACGGCGCAAACACCCGGGACGCUUCCCUCCCAUUGGUGGAGAGUACAGGUGCUUUCUGCCGCUUCAGUCAGCUGUCAGCUCUCAGCUGAGCAGCAGGCUCCACCUACUCCAUCCAAGUAGCCGUGCCUCCUCUGCUCAGGGAGUGCUGAGUGCCUGACUCGACACAUUGUAUUCUGUGAUAUUCUGGAACACCUCUCCAUGGGCUGUACCUGCUAACAGACCGGGGGGUUUGGAGGAGUUGAAAGAGGAUUGUGCUGCAUGUGGACAGGCUUGCUUUUGCAGGGAAAUGAUUCCGCAUGAAGAGCAAUGUGCUUGGCCCCCCGUCGUCCUCGGCGGCAGCAGCAGAUGUGACAUUGUGACACUCUUCCCUGCCGCGCUGAGCUCACUCUCGAGACGCUAAAGACCCCUGGACCGAGAGAGUGUCUUACCCCUCCCCUCUAACCACCCCUCCAUAUCUUCAUCUCCAUCUUUAAUCCUUCCUCACCUGUUUGUUAGAGGCUGGAUUUUCUUUGUUAAUCAAGAAAAGACCUGAUAAUCAGGAGCCUUGGGUGAACUGGAUAGAGAGGGAAAGGAAGGCAAGAUUGGAGAGGUUAAUUUCUAGCUAACUGAAGUGAGACAAGGACAAUACAUCAAAAGACAGAAUAAAAGGAAAGUAAAACAAAGUCAGAGAGGGAGCAGAUAGAAACAAAAAGCAAGAGUAGAUCAAAAGUUAAGGAAAGGAAACGCAAGUACAGUUGAGGACACGAGACAAUAUCAACAUGAAGUCUAACCAGGAACGCAGUAAUGAAUGUCUGCCCCCAAAGAAGAGGGAGAUCCCCGCUAGCACAUUACCAUCUGAAAAUCGCUUGCCUACCAUGCCACCUGCCAGUGACAGCCAGCGCACAGAGAACAUGGCCUGGCUUGCCAGUGUAGCUGGUGGAAAUGAGAGCAGCGUGGGUGGGCACCAUAGCUCCAGUCACUCUGAUUGGCCCCAGUAUAAAUCCCUCUCCUCCACAUCAGACUCUUCAUCUUCCUCUUCCUCACUAAGACUAGUAUCAUCUCUAUCUACAGUUUAUACAUCCCCCCUGUCACAAUCCACAGUUGGAGGAACUGUCCAUUGCACCCAACUGCCUCACAAUCUGCAGUUUAUAACUUCGCCAUACACAGGCUACAUCUCCCCUCAAUUGCUCCCACCUCCUCCACCACCUCCUCCCCUCUCCUCCACCUCCUCUUCCUCUUUGGGUGCAAAGAGACCCUCACACACAGAGACAUCCUCUGCUCCUUCACAGGCCUCAAAACAUGACCAGCAGCGAGCAUCCACUGGGCGGACCUCCAUGCCUCCACCUUCUACAGACCCCAUCCCCCAUCAUGUUCAAAUGUCAACUUCCCCACGCACUGUCCCAUCGCCUCAUCACCACGGAAGUGUUCACCUUCCUCCUCCCCAGUCACUGCACCCCCACCAUACUUUGGGGCAUGGGAUGUCCCAGGUUGUGGUGCAGUAUACAGAUGGACCCACCAGGAAAGAGGAGAGUGGCUCCAGGCCCAGAGAGCUUCGUAAUGGAGAGCUGGAAAGGGGCCGGCGGUUUGGAUUGUCCCCUGAGUCUAGCCUCUCCAAGUCGGGGAGCAAAUCACAGGAUCCCACAUCCUCUUUGUCCUCCUAUGAGGCACGCCAGCUGGUUCUGCCAUCAGACUAUUCUACUCACGAUCCCUCAGGGCUGAGAACCUCUGUCAUGCUAAUGCCCAACAGUCAUGGUGACCAGCAGCUGGUACCACCCAGAGCCAGCUCUGAGAAGCUGACAACAUCUGCCCCCACACACAUGGAGAAAGGUGGCAUCAUCUUGGGCAAACCUGUCAAUCGCGCACCCUCCUCCAGCACCACUUUCUCAUUCUCUUUUCCGCCACCAUUAAAUGUAGACAACCUAAAAGGUGCUGUCAGCACGCUGUCACCACAGACAGUUAUCCAGACCACCCACAAUGCUACAGAGUCACUGUCAAUGGGGCUCUCCUCUACUAAUAUCUACCCCCAUCCACCUAUUAUUGGUUAUAUUGCCGGGGGAAGUGGAAGCCAGCAUACACCAAUCAGCUACCACACCAGCCUACAACAACACUUACUCAUUCCUGGCACUCAGCCACUCAUUAUACCUGUUAGUGGAGGUGGAGUCACAACAUUGGAACCUGUAUCCUCCCACACUACAUCAUCUACCCAAGCCACGCCUUUUCCGACCACACUCCCACACACAUACAUUAGUGCCGCUGCUCCCAAAGGAGAAAGUCCGGAAACAUCAUACCACCAGGCCGCUUCAGGUGCAGUAGUCCAAGCCCAGCUUCAUCUCCCCAUCGUUCCCAUGCCACCAGGACUGGUCACUACAUCUGCUCCUCUUCCCCCGUCCAGUACCAUGGUGCCUCCCUCACUUCCCCCAUAUUUCAUCAAGGGUUCCAUUAUCCAGCUGGCUGAUGGGGAGCUGAAACGUGUGGAGGACCUGAAGACAGAGGACUUCAUCCAGAGCGCAGAGAUCAGCAGUGAGCUGAAGAUCGACUCCUCCACGGUGGAGCGCAUCGAAGGGAGCCACACCUCACCCAACUUUGCUGUGGUUCAGUUCUCUGUUGGUGAGCACCGUACACAGGUGAGUGUGGAGGUCUUGGUGGAGUAUCCCUUCUUUGUCUUUGGCCAAGGCUGGUCUUCAUGCUGUCCAGACCGGACCACCCAACUUCUUGAGCUACCUUGCACUAAGCUUUCUGUGGGUGAUGUUUGUAUUUCACUCACCCUCAAGAACCUGAGGAAUGGCUCAUUGAAGAAGACUCAGCCCCUGGAGCUGGCCACCCCAGCUUCCUUCCCAGCCUUUGGCCUCGGGCACCUCAAAUCCCCCAGAGUUGUCCCUGAUGCUCCCCGAUGCUGCAGUGGAGGAGGCUCCAGGCACGGUGAACGGGAGAAUGGCGUCAGCCAGAAGGGGAGUGGUGGAAGUGGGAGUGGAGGGGGCACUAGUGUGGAAAAUGGGGAUCUCAUGUUUGGGGAAAGAGGAUCAGUUGCUAAAGGUCAGGUUGCCAGCAGCACAGAAGCUGGCUCCAGUAGACCAUCAGGGGGCAGGAAGCGGAGGUGGUCCGCCCCUGAGGGUCGAAAAGUAGAAAAGUCUGAGGAGGAGCCCCCUUUGACUCUGCCCAAACCCACCUUCAUCCCUCAUGAGUUGAAAGUAAGCAUUGAGGGAAGGUCGAAUACUGGCAAGUGAAGGCUAGCAGCACUGUUAAUAACCCUUGGGAUUUGGAAAAGAAACAUAAAAGGAUUAUAUAAAAAGCAUAAAUGCCCACAUUAAUGUUUCAUUUGUCUUGGUUUUAAAGUUUGGUUUUUUGUUUUUAUUUUUCUGUCUUGAAUACUAUAUUGUAGAGGUAAAUUUACCCUACAUAGUAUCACCUUACAUAUAGUCCAGGUAGUUUAUAACACAUUUUUAUAGACAGAUUUCACAUCACACAAAAAGUUGGUGCCGUUUUGGUGGUUUUCAUGAGAUGAUUUAUGGUGAGGAAAUUGUGAUGUGUGCUAAAUGCUUAUUGGUGUCUGUCUGUAUGGCACAAGAGAGCAAUGCUUGAUGACUCUGCUUGGCUGGCUGCACUUUAUAUAUGAUGUCAGUUUCAAAUUGACUUAGCUCACAGUUUGUUUUUUGACAGUGACUCCAUCCCCUGAGUCCUGCUAGUGGAACUGUCUGGACAGACACAUUUUCCUACCACUUCUUGCCUCUCCAGUAGUUUUACAUUGGGCAACAGGAAUGCUACAUCAGAUCCUAAGCAUGAAGAAUUUGGGGGUAAAUCUUGAAAUAUUUCAUUUAUUAAGUUAGAAUGAGAGAACGCAUAAUUGGGCUUGCCUUUAGUGUAAACGUAUCACGUGUCAUUAAGGUGUGUCAGACCCAUGCUGUGAUGUCAUCAAGCUGUGCCCUGUGUCACCCAACAGAGAGGAAACUACGCUUGCGCUGUUCAGAUUGAUGACAGUGUAGUGUUCAUCUUUAGCAUUUUGUUUUUUAGCCUUCUGUCUCAGCAGUUAGUUAUUUUCAGUGAUUGUCAAAAACCUUAAUCAGGGGUCAUUUUGUCCUAGAUUGAACCUAGGUGGGUCAGUGUUAAUGUAUAAAUGCGAUAACCUAAUACACACAAGUGCAAACACACUGGCUUGGCAAACUUCACCUUGUUAAGAGGGUGCAUACAAUCCUCUUCUUUUGGUUUUCUAAUCCAGCAAGACUAUGCGAGGAGCCGAGAGAAUCUGCAUGUCAGUUCUGAAAGAGUCAGGAUGUUUCUAAGCACUUAACACACCUGUCACACUCAUCACAUAGCCAACAGAUUUUUGUUGUCUCUUUAUUUACGCAGUACUGUAUGUUUUAUAGAAUUUUUUUUAUUAUUUUUUUUUUUUAGAUAAGGGUAGAAAGUAGCAAAAGCACUUUGGAAAGGUGUAGCUUUUGGAAAAGUGAAGCAGUUGUUUGGUAACGUGAGAGUGGAUGUGCCAUGGGAUCACAAAGAAAGGGAUGAACAUAAUGGCUAUUGGAGAAUUUUCCAGUUAGAAUAUGGAUAGAGAAAAAAAAUUAUGGUGACAAAAAAGAAAUAUGAAGAUUUUCUGCGUGUGAGCUUCUGCAACCAGCUAGCCACACAAAAGUUAGGGAAAGCAUGGGAAUGUGUUUUGAAAAGUUUGGGAUCUGGCAUAAAAAGGAAAAGGCUCUAAAAUAUGAUGUUCUCUACUAGACUGAGCGCAGCAAUCAGAAGCUCAUGCCACAGAAUUUUGAAGGGUGUCAUAUAUUUGUAAUGUGGGUGUGUAUGCGUGUGCACUAGAGUGCACAUGAUGCUGGUCUGUGUCUGUCCAUACACACACACAUGCUUACACAAACACAAAACAGUACAGACCAUCCCUAAAACUCAGUGCCCUGUGAUAAGUACUGUAUUUGUUGAUAAGCAAUUAGAUGAAUGCAGAUUUUGGUGCAUGUUGUCCCUGCUGCAAAGACACUAGUGGACUGACAUUGGAUUAAUGCACAGCGCUAACAGUACAGACAUACAGGCAGUGCUCUGUGGUGUGUUUGUGUAUGUGAGUUUGUGUAUGAGUAUAUGUAUACUGUGUAUAGGAAAAGGAUAUACUCAUUUGAUAUAUAGACAAUGCUAAAUGUCCAGUGUUUCUACCUGGAGUCUUUACUUAAGAGAAUCUUGCAAUUUGCACAUAAGGAGGAUGGAAUUAGGUGGAGAUUUUUGAUGGCCCUGACCUGAAAUGAGCCCUAGACCAUGUAACACACUGGAAGACACCAGGUUUUUAUAGGCACCUACCAGAUAGUACAGAAAAAGGUUUCUACAUCAGCACAGUUAUGGUCAAAUUAUAUUAGAGUUCUUAUAAACAACAAGUGUAGCUGUAAACCGGAAUUGUAAUAUGUGCCUGCCUACUGAAUUUGUUUAAAGAUGAACCAUUUGCAGUGUGUCUGAAGGAGACAACCUCCCUGGUGAUGAAAGCGGGAUGUCCAGGGUGUAGGGACAAGGGUUCAGUUUGAACACAGCGUGCGCUUUCAGCCAGCCUAUUUUGCUAAGAUGUAGCAGUUACCUCAACAGAUGUGCUUGCUGGGUUGACAAAAUAUUUCGAGGUCUAUAAGCGACUGGGUCAGAGGUUGCCCAACUGAAAAUCACUGUAGGCUCUUACCUAUAAAAUUUCAAGUCUUUUUCUGAGUUUGGUUUUUGAUGUGUAAUGUGAAGUUUGUACCACCUGAUCCUUUUGUUGUUUGAGUGUAAUUAAAAUACACUGAAAUUUUAUAUUGUAAUUCAAACUAGAAAAACAAAGUGAAAUUAGCGGUUUUUAAACAAGUGAUGGUGGACAUGUGGUCUGGGAAUCAUGUUUGGAAUGUAGAGUGCCAUGCAACAUGUAAAUGCUAUCACAAAAUUGUUGUUAAGGAGGUGGACAAGUGGUGACUUCCUGCAGGCAUAUCUGUUGGGCUUUCUACUCAGCUUCUGUAUUUAGGUGUUGCAAUAUGGCAGAGACUAGUUGUUCUGAGAAGUGGAUCCGUUACGUUUUUAUCCCACUGAUAAUAUAAAGCAGCAAGUUCUUACUGUGUGGGGUGACAAUGUUUCAAGUAGUGGGAGUUUACCAGGGUGAUGGCAGGAUGGAUCUGUGCUCAGAUAGAUGAGAAAUGAAUGGGUAAGUGGUUAAAUAAAUGGGCAGAUGGAUGGCGAUGGUGAGUAAAUGAGCAGACCCAUAUGAGAUUUGAAAUGCUUUAUUUUUUAUAAUAAGACAGGGUUUCUCAGAUCAGCACCACCAGAGUAGUGCAUUUUCAUUUCCUCCUUUCCUACUGAAACAUCAUGAUCAUUAGUAGUAAAUAUAGCAGUAUGCGUGAGCAUGUUUUGUAAUGUGUGUGCGUGUGACUGUGUGUUUUGUAAAUGUAUGUACUUGUGAAAUUUUUUUGUCCAACCCCCUCCUCAGCAAAUGAAAAGCAAAACCACACCAUCAAAACAAAACUUUUAGCCACUCAAACAUUUAAACUUUUACUGUUGGUCAGGUUAAACAUAAAAACAAGUCAUUGAGCCAAAGCCAAGUGAUACUGUGGCUGCUUUGGUUACUUUAGAAAGCAAUAGUACAACAAUAUUCAGGCACUCUCCUCAUGUAUGAGUGGAACACCACAGUAAUUCCACUUAAAUUCUCUGCAAUAAACAUUUAAUCCUCUAGCAUUGCAACCAAAAAUAUCUCCUUUCUGCCCAUAGUCAUUAACAGAAAAAUAUUUUUAGAAGCUAAUAUACCUGAACAUAACUCGCUUCAAAUAAUACUAUUCCCCAUAUCAUAAAGUAGAUAUAAAUCUUUAGAAAUUGCAGUUGCAACACCAGUUGCUAGUUUUCAGGGAAGAGUCUCAUAUAUGCAGUAUCUGAACAUAACCCCCAGCUGGUCAGAGUCAUAACUCUGCUGUAAAGCUGCAGGUGAACAUAUGUCAUGUACACAUGUAAGUAACCAGCAGGUGUUUUUGGCUCCUCCCAGGUCUGCCUCGUUGCCACGACUCCCGUAGUGACCUCGUUACCUUUGUUUCAGGUACCCAAUCAUAGCCAGCCAGCCUCACAAGCACCUCCUCCUGAGGCAUAGCAGUCAAUUACCCCUCAACAACCGUUCGCUACCUUUCAGGGCGGCCUGGCCUGGAUAUAGCAGGGCUGGCCUGGACUGCCUGUUCCCUUGUAUCGUUUGAUGUUCUGUCUCCUUUUCACUACUAGCUUAUACAGAUUGUUGUGUUUAUACUUCAGUGGAGAUGCAUGCUUAAUAAUACAGUCUGACAUGUAGGCACAUUUUGAAUGCAAGAGAGGGAACGGCACCUCAGAGCAACAUGUUUUGAGGGUUGGGUGUAGUUUUAAUUUAUUAAGGUAUUCCCAGUUUUUUUUAACCCUAUGAAAUGUUAUCACAAUGUGCAAUACUUAAAUUUCAUUUUCCCCUUUUCCUGUGCCAAGUAAAUGUAGCAUAGUCCUACUCCAGUGUCUCAUCCUCAUUAAUGGCUUGUGUGUUUUACUGUCUAUUGAUGUGUGUGUCACAUCUGUAAGACAGUCAGGAUGUUUGUAAAGAGAAACUAAACCAACUGAGAGUUUGUCCAUACUUCGCUUUCCUGUUUGUCUGUGCGGCCUUCCUAAAUUUGUGUGUGAGAGACGUGUGUGUGUGUGUGUGUGUGUCAGCACCAUGUCAGGUGUUUAGUGUGUGUGCUAGUGUACGCCUGCUGUUCAGGUGUGCAUGAGUGUGUUAGGGUAUGAUCGUGGGACAUUUGCGUAUAUUUUCUCCUCUAAUUGUCUGUGAGAUCAUAAACCCUGAUCCUCAACGGGUUCAUGGUAAGACCCACAGAAAAAAGAAACCUCAUUGCUAGUGGGGACCACUUUUUGUAAAAUGAAAAACGAAAAAAAAGGAGAAGAAAAACAACCAACCAACAGAGAUGCACAUGUAAGUAGGUGUAAAAGACUUGAUAAAAUUUCAGCACUUUCUAAUCCUAGGAUGGGUUUGGUCUAACCCCUCUGUCUCAGACCGAUACCUUCCCUAGGGGUAACAUUCAUUCAAAACAGACAGAAUGAGAAUGAAAAAGGGGGGUGGAUAAGGAUAAAAAAGAGAAAUGGCUCAGUUCACGUUUUUGCACAUCACCUUGCCAUAACCUUGUGUUUAUGUGUCUGUGUUCCAUCCGCCUUGGCACCCGGCGCGUUCUUGGGUCCAACGGGCCGAGGUGUUAGGUGAUUCCUUGGUUCUUUUCUACUAGGAAACAACUUUUCUCAUGGAAUGCAUCCCUUCUUUUGUUGUGUCAGGUUUGUUUAGAAUCUUUUUCACCCUACAUCAGCUGGGCUGUGCCAUUAAGUAGGUUUUGUUCACAUUUUGAAUUUGGGCUGAUGUUUGACAGGAGCUCAGCACAGCUUGGUUGGGCUUUGUGGUGUGAAAGUGGUGCAUACAAACCUGUGCUUUGUUUGCAUUAUUCUUGGUGCAGGAGUUUUUUCUGUGUUUUUGGUCUCCUUGUAGCACUCAAUAUAACGUCAGGGGACUUAAAACUAUGUAAAGAAUGUGUCAUUGUUGAGUUUUUAUGACAAGCUUCCUCACUGGAGGAGCACUGCUAAUGUCUUUCCUUUUUUUUUUUUUGGCUUCUUGCACAACUUGACAAAUAAAAUGAAUGUUGGUGUGUGAGCUUUGACUUUUUGAUCAAAAAAGGCAUGUGUGCUCUGUUUCUUGAUGUUUGUACUUUCAUUUUGCAAAAAGGAUGUGUUUUUGGCACUUUGUUGUGUUUUAAAAGUGAACAGGAUUUGAUCAGGAUUCCUUUUUAGUUUUUUUUUUUUUUGUAUGACGUCUUGUCAGUGUCCAUAGCGCUGGAUAACCAACUCAGGCAGAAAGGAAAAAAAAACUUGUAGAGGCCCACUUAACGGUUUAGUUUUACCACAAUCAAUUUACCUUGGGCUGUUUGAUAUGGGUUAUAAGAUAUGUAAAUUUAUUACAUAUAAUUUGAUAUGAUUAACAAAUGUCGUUAUUGACAAAUAAAAAUAAUUAUUAUGAUGUGUAUUAUGCUGGAGAUGGAUUGGAUUACUCUGCACUGACCUGAACAUCUUUGGUCUGCCUCUCUGUGCAAGGCAACAAACACUUCAGCAGGGGCCAGGAUGUACAGUUCUUGACCUCUGACCCUACCCACUGCCCACUGCCACGGAGGGGGUGGACCUUAUCUGUCAGCUGUGGCUCAGUUGAUUCUCACUCCUGUUCUGAACACUCAGCCCCGAGGCUAGCAACCGGUCUGUCUCCAAUGUUCCCCCUGCUAACCUGUGACACCAAGCACUAAACUGAAACGUUUGGCCCAUAAGACAGUGGCAGAGAACUGGACAUCAGCACAGACCUGCAUGGACAGUCUGGCCUGCAGGGCUCCACAGCAGUUCCCAGCCAACUUAUUUGUACUAUAUUGUACUCACCAAGUCCUUGUGUCUCACCACCCCUUUCGUCUAUAACAGUGGAGAAACCCUGUUGGUGUAUGUAUUUGGCAUCUGUACAAAUGCACCUCUUUGAAAAAGAAAAUGAAACCUUGACAUAUCUGGAA